AUGUUGUUUCCACAAGAAGAUGCAGAUAUAGAUUUAGAUACUCCAAUGAUAAAUCAAAAUGAAAAUAAUGCUCACAUAAACUCACAAAAUCCAUCAACAAGUAAAUUAGUUGUGAAGCAACCAAUAUUACCCACAACAAAAAAGAGCAAUACAAUCAGUAAUCAAAGCUUGAUGUCUUCAUUUACUUUAACAAAGGCAUCACAAACGAAAAUUGAUGCGGCAUUAGCAUAUUUCAUUGCCGUGGACAUGAUGCCUUACAAUAUUGUAGCUAAAGAAGGGUUUAAGCUCUAUACAAAGGCUCUAAAUGCAAGCUACAAUAUUCCAAGUAGAAAGAUCAUCACUGAUUCUAAAAUACCAAAAGUGUAUAAUGAAACAAAAACCAACAUUGAGUCCAUUAUUAAUAAAACGUAUUUUUUAUCAUUCACAACGGAUUGUUGGACUUCUGGAUCAAACAAACCAUUUUUGGCUUUAACUGGUCAUUUCACUGAUAGUAAAUAUGACUUAGGUUCUGUAUGCUUAGGGUGUGUAGAAUUAUCAGAAGAUCACACAGGGGAAAACUUGGCUGAUACAUUACAAUUAUUAUUAUUGGAUUAUAACUUAUCUGUUCCAAGUAAUAAUGUGUGCGCUUUUACGACUGAUUAUGGAGCAAACAUAUUAAGUUUCCACAUAAAAAGUUUGAGAGUUCCACAUAUACCCUGUUUUGGCCAUGCUUUUAAUACUGUUGUCAGUAAUAUUUUAAAAAUUGAAGAUAUUCAAAUUGCUAUACAGAAAGUACAAAUAUUAGAUCAAAAACUAGGAUUAUCUAGUUUUUUGAAAUCUUAUAAAAAUGGACAACACAAAAAGUUGAUUUUGUCAGAUGAAGAAAUUGAUGUUUUAAAAUGCAUAACUACAGUUUUAAAACCAGUACGGGAAAUUACAGACCAUUUAGCUGGAGAGAAUUAUGUUACAGCAUCAGCUAUAUAUCCAGUAAUAUUUAAUUUAAAAAAAAAAAAUAUCMGAUGUUGUUAA